CUCACUGGACUUGGCCAGUCUUCCUCGGCGCAAAAAUGCCUCGCGUGAGACGACCUGCAUGCUGAAGGCAUGGCUGAACGAGCAUAAGCGAAAUCCCUAUCCGACGAAAGGAGAGAAGAUUAUGCUGGCAAUUAUCACGAAGAUGACACUCACGCAGGUCUCCACGUGGUUUGCGAACGCUCGCCGGCGCCUAAAGAAGGAGAACAAAAUGACCUGGACUCCGAGAAACCGCGCCGACGCUGACACUGACGCCGACGCCGAGGACGAUGACGACGAUGACGAUGACGACGAUGACGACGACGAGGAGAAGGAGGAGGACGACGAUGACGAGGGUGAAGACGAAGAAGAAGAGGAGAAGGAGGUACGUGAAAGAGACAGAGAGAGCAAGUGUGACGGAUUAGAGGGUGGGACUGAAAGGAACCCGGAAGGUGAGGCCAACAACGAAGUUUUCGGCCAUCAAAGUGGUCGUCAAGCGAGAGGCAGAUACGGAGAAGCCGAAAAGAGGAGGUUGGAGGGCUGGGCAGACGAGGUCGGGAGGACGGACAGCGGGGCUUGGGACGCCAACGCCGAAGAGAAAAGACAGAAUCACGGCUCGCUCGAGCAGCCAAAGCCCGUCAAAAGUGGCCUCAUCAAAGUGGAACACAAUUCAAUUCCCAGCCCGGUCCGCCAGCAACCACGGCCUCUGGCUCAGGCCGACCGGAGACUAAAGUCGUCUGCUCCACAGGACGGCUCCGAGCGCCCCCUGCUCGUCACUAACUCGUGGGCUCGUCCACUUUGUCCACACGCGGAUGGCUCGAUGUCAACCUUCGGUUCGAGUCCGGCAACCAAAUCGGCCAAUGGCGACUGCCUGCCGACGCCCUAUUGGUCGCCGGGGCACCUGAUGCCGGGCGUG